AUGGAGAGACUAACACCUAGGGGACCACUUGGCAAUCCUCACCAGGGGGAGGCCUCUGCCUGCUGGCGGCUCACCGUGAGAGUCCUGGAGGCGCGGGGCCUGGGCUGGGCUGACCUGUUGAGCGAGACAGACCCCUAUGUGAUCCUACAGCUGCCAACCGUACCUGGAACAAAGUUUAAGACCAAAACAGUCACCAACUCCAGUCAUCCCAUAUGGAACGAGACCUUCAAUUUCCUAAUCCAGAGUCAGGUCAAGAACGUUCUGGAGCUGAGCAUCUAUGAUGAGGACUCAGUCACGGAGGAUGACGCCUGUUUCAAGGUUCUCUAUGACGUCUCAGAAGUCCUCCCUGGCAAUCUGCUCCGGAAGACUUUCUCCCUGAGUUCCCAGGGUCAGGAGGAGCUGGAUGUGGAGUUCCUGAUGGAAGAAACGUCAGACCGCCCAGAAAGUCUCAUCACCAACAACGUGCUUGUGGCCCGAGAGCUGUCAUGCCUGGAUGUCCGUCUGUACAACGCAGGGAGCAUGGCUGUGGCUGCAGAUCAGGAUGAGCUGGAGCUGGAGCUGGUGCUGAAGGGGUCAUAUGAGGACACACAGACAUCUGCCCUGGGCACAGCCUCUGCCUUCUGCUUCCACUACAUGGUGGCCCAAGAGGCAGAGCUGAGUGGGCGCCUGAGGAGCUCCGAGAGCAAUGGCUGGAACUCAGACAAGUCAGUAGGGUACCUCACUGUACCCCUGAGGUCCUUGACCACAGGGAAGGAGGUGACUAUUGACCUUCCUGCUACAAAUGCCCCAGGAGUGAGGCUGCAGCUCAAGGCUGAGGGCUGCCCUAAGGAGCUGGCUGUGCACCUGAGCUUCGAUCUGUGUGCGGAGGAGAAAGCCUUCCUGAGCAGGAGGAAGCAAGUGGUGGCCAAGGCGCUGAAGCAGACCCUGCAGCUAGACGGAGACCUGCAGGAGGACGAGGUCCCCAUCGUGGGCAUCAUGGCCACAGGAGGAGGUGCCCGGGCCAUGACCUCUCUCUAUGGCCACCUGUUGGCCUUGCAGAAGCUGGGCCUCCUGGACUGUGUGACGUACUUCGGUGGCAUCUCAGGCUCUACAUGGACAAUGGCCCACCUCUACGGGGACCCGGAGUGGUCCCAGAGGGACCUUGAGGGACCCAUCGGAUAUGCCCGAGAGCACCUGGCCAAGAGCAAGCUGGACGCCUUCUCCCCAGAGCGCCUGGAGAGCUACCGCCGGGAGCUGGAGCUUCGGGCCGAGCGGGGCCACCCCACGACCUUCGUGGACCUGUGGGCUCUCGUGCUGGAGGCCAUGCUGCACGGCCAGGUGAUGAAUCAGAAGCUGUCAGGACAGAGAGAUGCACUGGAGCGGGGCCAGAACCCUCUGCCCCUCUACUUAAGCCUCAAUGUCAAAGAGAACAAUCUGGAGACCCUCGACUUCAAGGAGUGGGUUGAGUUCUCGCCCUAUGAGGUUGGGUUCCUGAAGUAUGGAGCCUUUGUCCCAUCCGAGCUCUUUGGCUCCAAGUUCUUCAUGGGGCGGCUGAUGAAGAGACUCCCCGAGUCCCGGAUCUGCUUUCUGGAAGGUAUCUGGAGCAACAUUUUCUCUGUGAACAUGCUGGACGCCUGGCAUGACCUCACCAGCUCUGGUGAUGCCUGGAAGCAGCAUAUCAAGGACAAGAUCAGGCGCCUGGAGGAGCCCCCUGCCUCCCCGAGGACCUCCUCACGGCCAGAGACCGCUUGGCUGCAGCCUGGAACGGCACUGGCCCAGGCGUUUAAGGGCUUCCUGACAGACAGGCCGCUCCACCAGCACAGCUCCAACUUCCUCCGGGGCCUCCAGCUGCACCAGGACUACUGUCGCCAGAAAGACUUCGCCACCUGGGCAGACUGCCAGCUAGACUCCACCCCCGGCCAGCUGACCCCGCAGGAGCCCCAGCUCUGCCUGGUGGAUGCCGGCUACUUCCUCAACACCAGCUGUCCCUCCAUGUUCCGGCCAGGCCGCAGGCUAGACCUCAUACUCUCCUUUGACUACUCCCUAUCCUCGCCCUUUGAGGUGCUGCAGCAGACUGAGCUGUACUGCCGGGGCCAGGGGCUGCCGUUCCCCCGCGUGGAACCCAGCCCUCAGGACCAAUGCCAGCCCAGGGAGUGCCACCUCUUCUCGGACCCCACCUGCCCUGAGGCCCCUGUCCUGCUGCACUUCCCGCUGGUCAACGCCUCCUUCAAGGACCACUCGGCCCCUGGUGUCCAGCGCAGCCCCGCAGAGCUCCCGGCUGGCCAGGUGGAUCUCACGGGGCCCACCUCGCCCUAUUCCCUGUUCAACAUGACCUACAAGGAGGAAGACUUUGACCGCCUGCUGCAGCUCAGUGACUACAAUGUACGCAACAGCCAGGGCGCCAUCCUGCAGGCCUUGAGGACCGCUCUGAAGCACCGGGCCCUGGGGGCCAAGCCUCCAGGGGUGCAGACUUGA